AUGAAGUUCCGAGCAAUUUUUCUCCUAUCCGCCCUACUGAACCACUGCUGCUGGGCGGGUGCUGUUGCCAGCGGACAAGCAAAAGCAUUGAUUUUCCCACCCAUGACCACACUGCAGGUCACGAUGUGCACCGUUACAAAUGGGCGCUUGUUUAAGCCACCGAAACAGGAGUACGCCGUCCGGCGGCUCGGUAUCAAUUUGGGGUUCCAGGUCAACUACAAUCUGCCGUUUCGAUUGCUAGACUUCUACAAGCCGGCGUACUGGGCGCGGGCCCUCAUCGGUGUGGUGCAGGGGCGGUUCAAACCGACCACCGUCGUGUCUGCCCGCGACUACAAGCGCUCCGUUACGCAUCCCAGCUCCGACUUGACGGCGGGGCAGUUGUACCAUGCCGCGGAAGAGCUGCUCCAGGCGAUGGAGUUCGGUGCUGACUGUUUGGCGAAAAGUAUCUGCGAGCUGGCGCACAGUCCCUUUCACCGCGAACCGAACGGCAGGGAGGAUGUGCUGAUGGAGGUGGCACAUUUUUUGCUCACUCCAUCUUUUCAUCGUUCCUUUGGAGAGUCGGAAUAUCGUGACCGGGUUAAGUACGAGAUGGCGGAAAAUCUUGGCGCGAGUGGAGCCAACUGUGAGCUGAUUUACGAAAGCUGUCCUAAAUCGUUGCUGGCACAUUAUUCUAAACUUGAGUGA